AUGUCUGAAAUUGAAGGUCUUAAAGGAAAAGUUGACGAGUUGUCAGUAAAGGACAAGAAUGUAGAAAAAGGAAAUGAAACUAAAGCCAAAAAAGAAAAGAAACCAGUAUCUAAUUCCUUGUUUUCAACUGAAAAGCCUGAAUUUAUUGAUCCAAGAAUUCAGCUUUUUGACGAGUUAAAGGCGAAAUAUGACGAAGAAAUCGCAAAGAAGGAAAGAGUUCCAAUCAACAUCACUUUGAAAGAUGGUACUAUUAAAGUUGGUGAAGCAUACAGCACCACCCCAAUGGAAAUUGCAAUCAGUAUUGGGAAAUCUUUUGCCGACAGACAAGUGAUUGCAAAAAUUGAUAACGAAACCUUAUGGGAUUUGGACAGGCCUUUAGAAAAAGACGUGAAUUUGAAUUUUCUUGAUUUUGAAAAUCCUGAGGGAAAGGCUGUAUUCUGGCACUCUUCUGCUCAUGUUUUAGGAGAAGCUUGUGAAUGCCAUUUUGGUUGUCAUUUAUCUUACGGUCCACCAACUGAUGAUGGUUUCUUCUAUGAUAUGUCUAUUAAAAACGGUGAGGGAGUGGUUACUCAAAACGACUUUGGCACUUUAGAGCAGGUUGCAACAAAAGUUGUAAAGGAAAAACAAAAAUUUGUUAGACUAGAAAUGACCAAAGAACAGUUGUUAAAGAUGUUCUCUUACAAUAAGUAUAAAGUUCAAUUUAUUAGUGACAAAGUUCCAGAUGGAACCUCAACUACUGUUUAUAGAUGUGGUCCACUCAUAGACUUAUGUCUUGGGCCUCAUAUUCCUCAUACUGGAAGGAUUAAAGCUUUAAAGAUAUUGAAAAAUUCUUCAUCUUACUUUUUGGGAGAUGCUAACAAUGACUCAUUGCAAAGAGUGUAUGGUAUUUCUUUCCCGGAUAAGAAGUUAAUGACCGAACACUUGAAGUUCUUAAAGGAAGCGGCUGAGAGAGACCACAGAAAGAUUGGAAGAGAGCAAGAGUUGUUUUUCUUCAAUGAAAUGUCUCCAGGCUGUGCAUUUUGGUUACCUCAUGGUGCGAGAAUUUACAACACGUUGGUCGAAUUCAUCAGGUCUGAAUAUAAACAGAGGGGUUAUGAAGAAAUUAUCAGCCCUAAUAUGUACAACUCCAAAUUAUGGGAAAUCUCUGGACACUGGGGUAAUUAUAAAGAGAAUAUGUUUAGUUUCGAUGUAGAAAAAGAAACAUUUGGUUUAAAACCAAUGAAUUGUCCGGGACAUUGUCUCAUGUUCAAGCAUCGCGAAAGAUCUUAUCGUGAAUUGCCUUGGCGUGUUGCAGAUUUUGGUGUUCUUCAUAGAAACGAGUUUUCCGGUGCUUUGUCAGGUCUCACUAGGGUUCGUCGUUUCCAACAAGAUGAUGCACAUAUUUUCUGUUCUGAAGAUCAAAUAGAAUCUGAAAUCGGUGCCGUCUUUGAUUUCUUGCAGACAGUCUAUGGAGUUUUCGGCUUUGAAUUCAAAAUGGAAUUAUCUACUAGACCUGAGAAAUAUGUUGGAGAUAUAGAAACGUGGAAUGGAGCAGAAGCUAAGUUGGAAAAUGCGUUGAACAAAUUCUUGGGCAAAGGCAAAUGGGAAUUGAAUCCCGCUGACGGUGCUUUCUACGGUCCCAAAAUUGAUAUCAUGAUAAGUGACGCUUUGAGGAGAUGGUUCCAGUGCGCUACUAUACAAUUAGAUUUCCAACUCCCAUCAAGGUUCGAAUUGGAAUUCAAAGCAGAAACAAAUGACAAGGAUAAUGCGGUGCAGAGACCAGUCAUGAUUCACAGAGCUAUUUUAGGUUCCGUGGAACGGAUGACAGCUAUACUAACAGAGCACUACAAGGGUAAGUGGCCUUUCUGGUUGUCUCCAAGACAAAUAUUGGUGGUUCCUGUUGGAGUGAAAUAUAUCGACUAUGCUCAAAAGCUUCAACAGAAGUUAAGCAAAGAAUAUUUGUUUUAUGCUGAUGUUGAUACCAGUGGUAACACAUUGCCAAAGAAGGUCAGAAACGGGCAGAUGUUGAAAUACAAUUUUAUAUUUAUUGUUGGAGAGCAAGAGGAAACUGAAAACAGUGUUAAUAUACGUAACAGAGAUAUUCCAGAAGAACAAGGUAAGAAUGCAAUGGUCAAAUUCGAUGAUGUUGUUAAGCAAUUAAUCGUCUUGAAAGAAGAGAGAAGACAAGAUAAUAAAUUAGUAUAA